CCUGUCGCCUGCCGCCUGGUCUUUGGGACAGCAUACAUCAUCCCUUAUAGCCGCUCCAACUGGGAAACUAACUCACCUGCAAUCUCUACAACCAAAUAACUGGCCAACGUUUUUGACUACUGCCAUCUGACAUGGAGACCCAGCAAAGACACGGACACCACUCAGUUUGCCAUACCUGCCGGAGAACGGAGCACAGCAGAAUGAAGGUUAAGAAGAUGUCUUCAUCCAGUCGAGCGCUGCUCUUUGCACUGGCUCUGACACUCUACUUUGUGGAAAUAGCCUCGGCGGAGACGCUGUGUGGGGGAGAGCUGGUGGAUGCGCUGCAGUUCGUGUGUGAAGACAGAGGCUUCUAUUUCAGUAGGCCAACCAGCAGGGGAAACAACCGGCGCCCCCAGAACCGUGGGAUCGUAGAGGAGUGUUGUUUCCGUAGCUGUGACCUCAACCUGCUGGAGCAGUACUGUGCCAAACCCGCAAAGUCUGAAAGGGACGUGUCGGCCACCUCUUUACAGGUCAUACCCGUGAUGCCCGCACUAAAACAGGAAGUCCCAAGGAAGCAGCAUGUGACCGUGAAGUAUUCCAAAUACGAGGUGUGGCAGAGGAAGGCGGCCCAGCGGCUCCGGAGGGGCGUCCCCUCCAUCCUGAGGGCCAAAAAGUUUCGGAGGCAGGCGGAGAAGAUCAAAGCCCAUGAGCAGGCGAUCUUCCACAGGCCCCUGAUCAGCCUGCCCAGCAAAUUGCCGCCUGUCUUGCUCACCACGGACAACUAUGUCAACCACAAAUGAGCCCGCUGCCAGCCCUUUGCACAGACAAGAGUUUGGAGGGAGAAAAAAAGACUAGGGGAUUAUAGCUUUGUCUCUGACGUCAUUUCUGUGGCAGUCCUCUUUGACCUCCCCUGCCCUGUCCGAGCCCACCAAUCCCUCCCCCCUUGCUCUCAUCCACUACUUCUUGACCCCUUUGCCCUAUUCUAAUGCCCCCCUUAACCCAACCCACCCACCCUCCUCUGGCACACAAACAUGCCUUCACAUUCUUCCCGUCUGAACUCCCUCUCUCUUUCAGUCACUGACACAAAAGGCACAAACACAAAUGAUGAACAAAAAGUUAACAAUUUGGCUGAAUGCAAUUCAGGUGGAUCCUUAAGCAAAAGAGAAACGGGAAAAGGAGAAAAGAAGAUGAAAGAGAUCUGGGGUUUGCAAGUGUCAAGAGGACACCCGGAGGAAUGUUUUUCUGUCCUGGUGGAAGACAACUGAAAGUGAAGAGCAGCUUGCAUGAAAGAAUCCAUUCCACAUAAUCUUUCCAGAGGCAAAAACGAAAAUCUCUGUUAGUUCUUUUUCUUAUUAGUUUGCACCUCUACCUAUAAAGGGACUUCCACACUGUAAGGAAUUAUUUUGUAAAAUUAGAUUCCUGUUCCAGCACCUUUUGAUCACAAACAAAAAGCAGAAAAGAGUCUGCAAAAUUGCACAUUGCCACGGAUUACGUCAAAGUAAAGAAAAAAUGGCACUAUUUUUUUAUGAACAAUGAACGUGUAGCUUAAAAAAAUGUCAUGGUGCUAGCUUUGGGAAUGGACUCAAAGAAGAGGUUGAAAAGCACGUUUUUUUUCUUUGGAUGAACAUUAAAACUUUCCGUUUUAAGGAAAGUGUGACUUUAAAAUGAGGAAAUAUAGGAUUUGGGGGAGCUCCUGACAGUGGCAACGUCAAGGGGGAAGUGUCACUGAGAAAGAAACGGGCUGUGUGGGUGUCUUGGCUCACAGCGAGUGCUAGCGGCUGCUCAUCACUAUCUUGCCAGUGUAAGCGGCAAAGGGGGACCUGCGCCCCCCCGACCCACAUGUCCCUCUAAGGCUGCCACACACAGGGAGCAGUGUGGGGACACAUAGGGGACACUGUGGACCGCCUGGAAUGGGACAGUACUACAGUUCUGGGACAGUGCUUCCAGUUUGCCAUGGCUUUGCAGACUGUUCUGACAUAAAGUAACAUGGCAUGGACAACGAGCAAGUGGGAUAAUGAUGAUUAUAUUUUAUUUUGUCUUUUAUCUGUUUUCUUUUCAUAUCAAUGUUUCAAUGAAAAAAAGGAAAACCCUGUCAGUUUCUGGUACCGUGACAUUCCUGUUUUUCCAAGUUCGGCUUUUUUUGUUUCCAUGGUUAUUGUUCUUAUGUUAUUUUACAGUUCUAAAGAAAGGCACAAAAUUUCAAUUCAAAGGGAAAAAACAGCAAUAAUGUCAACUAACCUUUUAUUUUUAUUGUAUAUCAGUAGUAUUCACAUGCUUUUGCCUGAAAACAAAUACUUGAAUAUAUAUAUAUACAUAUAUAUACAUUUAUAUAUAUAUAUACAUUUAUAUAUAUAUAUAAAUAUAGAUAUAUAAUUAGUUUCCAGGGACGAUGUGUUAUUUUCCUUUAGUCUGAGCUGUAUCUUGCGUAAUGAGCCGCCAAGCUUUUUUGUUUGUUUGUUGAAUUACAAAUAAGGGCACUGUAUAAAGGCAUUAUUUAUUUUGUUAUAAAAUAUAUUUGAAAAAUUGGUCCAAAUAAUAUACGUAGCACUGAUGCUCAACUGACGGUUUUACUUUGUAUGAUCUCUGUUUUCCAAUUGGAGUUGUAAGGCUUUUUUGUAGAUGCUUUGUACCAAAAAUAACGUCUUUUUUUUUUCUUUCCUUUUUUUUUUUUUCAUCUGCCAUAGUAACUUUAAAUUAAUAUUUUAACAGCGGUAAAGCCUGGAUUGCAUAGGCAUGUUAUGUCACAGAAAUAGGCACAUACUCUGAAUACGCUGGUCUGCAUGGAGGUCCAGAAGCCUGUCAGGGUGAUCUGUGAACCAAGAAAGUAUCAAUGAGUGAGAAAUAACUGUUCAACAUUGAUUGUACUCAAACCCACUAUGUUUUGAAGCCACUUUAGUAUUGAUGGCGGGGGGAAAUGACCAGUUCUUCAUUAAAUCAUGUCUUUGUAA